ACUUUUUUUGAAUGGGAGAAAACGCCGACUUUGGCCGACAGUGGACAAUUUUGCGCGUCAGGAAGGAAAUGUUUACGUGUACUUUUCUGCGAGACUUCCUGGACUGAGUGAAUCGCUUAAGUAGCCAAUAAUCCGACAAUGUCGGUGCGAAAGAGGGUGUGCGUUGUGGUCCUCGGUGAUAUUGGACGCAGCCCCCGGAUGCAGUAUCACGUAAAGAGUCUCCUCGAACACAAUUUCACCGUGGAUCUCGUGGGGUACGUUGAGACUCCACCCCUAGCCCAGAUUACUGCGAGUGAUCAAGUGAAGAUUCACGAACUCAACCCUUUCCCGAAUCUUGAACUUCCACGCCUCAUAAACUACGUAACAAAGACAAUUUGGCAAUUUCUCACGCUCCUUGUGGCCCUGCUGUCGAUCUCUCGUCCGGAUUUGAUGCUGUGUCAGAAUCCACCGGCAAUCCCCACGCUUUUUGUGUGCUACUACUACUGCUGGCUCCGGAAUACGCGUCUCCUGGUUGAUUGGCACAACUACACCCACACAAUCCUGGCACUGACAUCCACGGAAACGAGCCUGGUUGUGCGGAUUGCCCGCUGGAUGGAAGGCUACUAUGGGCGUCGUAGUGCUGGGAAUCUCUGUGUUACGGAGGCAAUGAAGAGGAAUCUCCUGAAGGUGUGGGAUAUAAAGGCUACAGUUCUGUAUGAUCGCCCCCCGGAACAUUUUCGCCCCAUCUCCCUGGAGGAGCGACAUGAGCUGUACAUGAAGCUCUCCACGAGCAUAUCGGAAUUCCUCACACGUACAUCGGAUGACUUCAAGGAAAGUGGAGUCAUUGAAUCCACAAACUUCACACAGAGACUCAGCAAUGGUACCAUUCUGGCUAAACCAUUGCGUCCGGGAAUACUCAUAAGUAGCACCAGUUGGACACCCGAUGAAGAUUUCUCCGUUCUCCUGUCAGCUUUGGAGAUGUACGAGGAGCACGUUCGUGGGAAGCCUCGUGGGGAAUUCCCAGAUCUCGUGUGCAUCAUCACAGGGAAGGGGCCCCAGAAGGAGUUUUACCUGAAUGUGCUGAAGGGGAAAAAGUGGCAGCAUGUGUCCGUCGCUACGCCCUGGCUUGAGAAUGAAGACUACCCCAAACUCCUAGCAGCUGCUGAUCUCGGUGUUUGUCUCCACUGGAGCUCCAGUGGUCUGGACUUACCUAUGAAGGUUGUGGAUAUGUUCGGAUGUGGACUUCCGGUGUGCGCCAUCAACUUCCAAUGUCUCGAGGAGCUCGUUCAGCAUCGCACGAAUGGCUUCAUCUUCAACAAUUCCGCUGAACUCUUUGAACAUCUCAUCUAUUGGUUUGAGAGAUUCCCCGACAACAUUGCCCUGCAUUCGCUAAAGGAGGAAAUGAACAAAUCCCUGAGGAACUUCCAGCAGCUACGAUGGAAGGACAAUUGGGAUCGUGAAGCUCUUACGUACUUCCAGUAAUAUUGCAGUCAGGAAGCGAGGAGGAAGAAUCAUUAAUCAUUCUCAUUAAAUAAUUUUCAUGUGAAAA